AUGGUGAUACUUUUUAUUGGGGCAACUUGUUCUCCCUCCAUCCAUUUGAAGUUUAUACAAAGUGCGACAAGUGUAACUACAAAGUGCGACGAUUUUUCAGGUGUUUCAGGCGCAUCAAACCAGUCCUAUGAGCACAAGAUCCGCGCCUAUCUUCUGGACAACUAUGACAAAACAGUACGACCAGUCUUGGGCAAUAAAUCUGUGGAGGUGUCGUUUUCUAUGAAAAUCAGCAGACUUGUAAAAGUGGUGAGUAAGAAAUGACGCCUUUGCUUUGAAUUAAUUUCAGUCUGUUUCGAGUUCGUUUCACCACCGUGAACAAACUCGUUUCUAGGGUUCUCUCUCACUCGUCCUCCGGAGCGAGAGAACUCUGGGAACGAAAUCGUCAUUUUGGAUUGAACAUAAAAGACUUACUUAGACGUUAAGGGACUUCCUAUUUAGUCAUUCAAUUGUAAACCAUGAACUUCAAAAAAUCUUGGUGGUAUCUGGUGAAACUUCUUAUAAAACAAGGCAUGUAUAAGAAAGAGAAUGCAUUCUUAUUCAGUGGGGCUUUGAAUAGACGACAGAGUAUUCUGAACUCCAGCUGAUACUUUUAAAAAACGACUCACUCUCAACUUGAAUUGAGGAGGGUGAAAAGAAGAAACAAAACAGCUAAUUUACUAUCUUUAGCCAUCAGGUACUAAAAAGACUCAUCAAAAAAAAUUCUCAUCAAUAAAUUUUCUUCUAAAAAUCUCUGAAUAGAAACUUUUGUGUUCGCAUAUGAUUACAUGUAUUUUUUAGAAAAUAUCUGUUGUCGAUGAUCUUUGACUUCAUGGUUAUGGUAGUGAACGUAGGAGUAUGAUAAUGACGUCAUAAAUCUCUUCUCCAAAUCCUCAAAAUGAAUGAAAAUGCUAAAACCUUUAAGAUAGUAAGCAUUGCCAGUAGAAGGUCUUGAAUAAUUGUACGUAAUUUUCUGUUUGCUUUAUAUAGGAUAACAAAGAACAGCUAGUUGUUUUGGAUACCUGGGUGACACAGGUAAGCUUAUUGCGUUCGACGAAGGAUAACGCAUCCUAAUGUUGAUUCUUUCUCACUAAAUCAACUUAGUUGUGGGGUCCGCCAUAUGCUCCAACUCAGCCGCCUGCUUUUUCAGGGUCAUUUGUCAGCCGUUUGGGAAACUGAGGUAAAUUGUCUUUUGGUUGAACUCACCUCCCUAAAUUAUGACAAUAGCCAUAACAGGACAGAUAGAAAGUCUCCCAGUUACGCCUAUGUGAUAUCUUCAUUUCAAAAAGUUAUUUUUAGAACCAUGUGGAAACAGUUUCCUGCAAGCUGGUUGACUUCCGGAAGACUGGCUUUCACGCAACUCAUAAUGUUUAUUAAAAUAUAUUGUGAAUUUCUUAGACCUGGACAAAUACAUUUCUUCAGUGGGAUGUGAAUAAUUUUGGAGGUUUUAACCGUGUGCAGUUUCUCCCUGAUGAGAUCUGGGUGCCAGAUAUUUCACUCUUCAACAAGUAAGGAAAUUUAGGAAUAGAACUUAACAUUUAAAAAAGAAAAGUAAAGUGUAUUAUUAUAUGAGAAGGAUUUUAGCUGAACUUGGGUUUAAAGAAUAAAACAAAGGAAGUCGUACGUUGCCGUGGUUAAUGGCCAUUCACAGAUGGGACUACGUUAUUAGGCUCAAUUUCCACCUCUCUUUCGGUCCUCCCCGAGAAGAGACAACGAUCUGAUUGGUGGAAAACAAUAAUAGCAAACCCACACGUCCAGCCGUCUGUUGGGGGGAUGAGCGCGGGCUCAUUUCCCUAACAGUGCCUCGAGCCUACUACGUUAAAUUCACUCACCCUUCUUGGAUCUGAAAGGAACCUUAACUGGAGAAAGCGUUCCAGAUUAGCAAAAUGGCCAAGUUUGAAACCCAACGACGUAUGAUAGUUAGGAGAUAUAACUAAAUUUAAAAGUUUGAAUUUUCAAGGAAUCCGAACAGUUUGUAUUAAAAACGUUAAUGUAAACAGUGGCGUUGCUCUUCAGUAUCAACAUCUAGGACCUUUAAGUUUUAACUUGAUCACAGCAUUCUAAUUUCUCUUUAGAGCGAGUGCACCGAAAUGAGAACCGCACGUCUUCCAGAUAAAGUGACGACUUCUACCCAUUUUCAGUGUUAUAAUAUAAAUCGUGGACAUUUCUGUUUGUGUCUUAGUGGUGAUGACAGUGUUACAUUAGCUGGAGGAAGGGCAAAGUUUGUCACCGAAAUUUCUGUGGCGAACACUGGACACUGCGUGUGGAGCGGACCAGCAACAUUUAAGGCCAGCUGUGAAAUGGCGAUCAACAAAUGGCCUUUUGAUACACAGACUUGUGAGCUAGGUUUUGGUUCAUUCACGUAUGGCAUUGGUCGGAUGAAUAUUAAACUCUUUCAAGACUCAAAAGGCCAAUUUACUAGUAAGUCAUUUGUUUCAUGCCAGUGCGCAGGUUACAGAGUGUCCACUUGUUAAAACCAGCUUUCAAUCUCAUGGCCUACGCCACAACGGGUUAGAUUACGUCUCCGAGGCUGGCUACCAAUCUCGCUUUACUGUACAGAGUUUUUGUACAGAGUUUUGCAUUUUGCCACUAAACUAAAUUCCAGGGAUUUUCAUUCAAAACUCUUUUCCUCUGAUCUGUUCGUCUCUUCUCGCAAAGCAGUAUUUCCUGCGCCAACGGUGAGCGGCGUUCACAGAUUAAGAAACACGUGGUCGUCUCUGUAAGAAGUAAUUUACCAUAAAAUAGGUUCAACAGUCCUUUCUGAACCAACGUUUGGACCCCGUGAAUCGAAAAUUCCUGGAUUCGCCCCUGACAAAGGCCUAACCUCAGGUACAGCCGGAAAUUAGCCACCACAAAAAAAGCAUUCGGUGAGAAGCUGAGGCCCUCGUCAAAGAAAAUCAAGUCGAAGUAAAUCGUCACGACGAAGGACUAAUUCUAAAAAACAACGAACUUUCAAAAUUACAUCUCGUUACUCGCAGUGGUCAACCAAAUUUUUUUUACGUUAUAUCUGACACAUCAACUCUAUAAUUAUAUAGUUUCUUUAGAAAAUAAUCCGUUUAUUGUUUGAUUUGUAGAGCGAUUUGUUACAAGCGGUGACUGGGCUAUAGACGAGAUCACCACCUCAAUGGAAACUACCGAUCAUGGGGACUGUUGUCCAUUUGAAUUCAGCGAAGUAGUCUACAAACUUAAAAUGACAAGAAAGCCAUUGUAUCACGUCUUCUACCUCACGAUACCCAGUUUGAUGCUGAUGGUCCUCGGCCUAACAAGCUUCCUUAUUCCCGUGGAGAGUGGUGAAAGGAUUGGCUUUGUCACCACCAUCCUGUUGGCAAUGACUGUAUUUUUGCUCCUUAUUCCGUCUUUUCUUCCGGAGAGUUCAGAUGGUGUUCCAGUCCUUGGAAUUGGGCUUCAGUCCACCAUGAUCAUCAUAGCCUUGGUGCUGUUUUGUAAUAUUUUCGUUCUAAAGUUGUUCUUUAAGGAGGGAACUCCGCCAAAAUGGGUACAGAACCUCUGCAGAUUGUGCUGUCUUAUGAAGGGGAAAACCGUCCAGCGGAUUCAUGUAUCUAACAUAAGUUUGAGAGCUAAAUCAAGCGCAUCUGCGAACGCAGUUGAAUUGGAAGAGAGGUCUGGCGGAAAAAGCAACACGCCGACGGUUUGGGAGAAAACAGAGGAUGAUCUAACAUGGCAGCGGGUGUCAAUCAAGCUUGACCAAAUGUUUUUCGUUCUUUUCGUGAUUAUUGUUGUAAUUACCUAUGUUGUAAUCUACGUAGCUUUAUAG